AUGUUUAGAGGUGACACCGCCGCCGUUACUCUCGACCACCAUCAGCUCCGUAGCAUCCAGUGUACGACAACUCACAUCUUGGUGGAGGCGUACGCUGCUGGCACCCUCUGCAUGCUGAACGAUGAUGUUGUUCGCCGCCGAGCUGAAUACCAUCUCGGAUGGCGCCUCAAUUCCCUUGACUCGACGCAAGCUCGUACUGUCGUCUCGCAAACUCGUCGUCACGUACUCUCUCGCAUCGACGAAGCUGCGUCGUCGGUUGCUAUCCGGUAUGCUGUCCUCGGGUUUGCUCUCGGUGUGUUGCCCUUUGAAAACCUUUUGCAAACUCGCUCACCCGUCCUUUUCCUUAGAGCACGUCCGACACUACCUUGGGGGCUGAUUGAAUCACUUUUGGUAGCCUACGACAAUCAUUAG